UCGGGAAUUGAUUCGGUUUGAUUUCGACAUUUCGAUGUUUGAUUUAGUGAAGGAAGGGGUGGAUGAGAUGAUAAAGUACAUCGCCAACGAGCCCUCGGUGGGCCUUUACUACGUUCAGCAGCACGCACACUCUUCAAUGCCCUAUCUCCUCAACGUCAGGGACAAAGCUGUGGAGAAAAUUCAUGAGGUUACCCUUCAUACUGAAGACAUAGAGGAUUCUAUCUAUGUGGUGAGAUCAAUGACCGAAUGUGGCCUGCCUAUAGCAGAUGAGAUGAUCAAAGAUAUCAACAAAUCUCUACAUAUCAUGUCGGCAUGCCAACCAAAAAGGGGGUUGAUCACACCUUCAACUUUCAAUUAUAGUCCAUUUGGAUCUCAGCACGAUGGAGGGAGCAGCCAAGGCUAUCUAUCCUCUGUUCUCAACUCAGCAAAGCAGAAGGCUGCUGGUCUCAGGUGGCUGAAGGGUGAGAAAUUUACGCCAUCUAUGUCACUUUCAGUUGAUGGCAGUACUACUACUACUCCAACUGAUAAUGAAGUUGAUGAAUUGCCAGUCUCGAGCUCUCUAAUCGGUGAUGAUGGUGAUCUGGCCACUGCUCUUGAGGGUAAUUUACAAGAUCGUGAUGUAUUAUCCUUAUUAGAAAGUUACGAUGAGUUCAGAUGUUUGAGAGAAAGUAAACUAGAAGAAUGGCUA